CUCCUCCGCCCCGCAGCAUUCACCCUCUUUCCUCUCCAGCCAACGGAUUAGCGGCACGUUCAGCGGAGAUGCGCCUCAUCCAGAACAUGACGAGCAUCGCGGAGUCCGCGCCCCCCCCGGCGCCCCCCCGCGCCAUCCGCAUGGCGGUGAUCGGCGGCAGCGGAGUCGGUAAAACCGCGCUGGUGGUCCGGUUCCUCACGAGGCGCUUCAUCGGAGACUACGAGCGGAACGCCGGUAACCUCUACUCCAGAGAGGUCCAGGUGGACGGAGAGCAGGUGACCAUCCAGGUCCAGGACACUCCUGGUGUGGAGAUGACCGAUAACGCCAUCAACCUCCCGGACCAUGUGACCUGCUCCAUCCAGUGGGCGGACGCGGUGGUGCUGGUGUACUCGACCACCGACCGCCGCAGCUUCGACCUGAUCGAGCAGCUCCACCGGCAGGUGGCGCGCUCCGGCGGCGCCAACAUGCCCCCGGUGAUCCUGCUGGCCAACAAGUCUGACCUGCUGCACUUGCGGCGCGUGGACCCCCAGCAGGGCCAACUGCUGGCGUCCGCGCUGGGCUGCUCCUUCUACGAGGUGUCGGCCAGCGAGGACUACAGCCAGGUGCACCAGGCCUUCCACCGGCUGUGCCGCCAGCUCGCCCAGCAGCAGCAGCCGCCAGCCACGCCGCCGCCGCCGCCGCCGGCCACCAGCUCCACCGAGAAGAGGCGCUCGCCGCUCAUCCCCCGGCCCAAGUCGCCCAACAUGCAGGACCUGAAACGGCGCUUCAGGCAGGCGCUGUCGGCCAAAGUCCGGACUGUCACCUCGGUGUGAGGAGGCGGAUCCAAGGAAAGAAAACGCCUUUCUGAAGAAUCUGAAGCUUCAAAGUCCCUCGGAUCCGUCCGGCUGACGGAGGAAGACCGCAACCCGAUUUUGUCGUCUUUGAGCAGCGGGCGCGUGUCCUGCCGGGACGCCGUGGGCGAGGGCGGCUCGUCACGUGUCGAGAAACGGCGGCCACGAGGACGCGGGAGAGGCCGCAGGAGAAGAUCUGAACUCUGUGAUCCAGAUGUCCUGUGUGAUCCAGAUGUCCUGUGUGAUCCAGAUGUCCUGUGUGAUCCAGAUGUCCUGUGUGAUCCAGAUGUCCUGUGUGAUCCAGAUCCCUCGGCAGCAGCGCUGGGAGCGCCGCUAAAUGUCGUUACAACAAGCUGUGACUUUGUGUGCACGCGUGUGUCUUUGCAGCAGUAUGUAGCUGUUGGACUUUAAUUCCCACUGAUGCACUUUAACGAUGCAAAGGGCCUUUUUCUGUAAUUUAUUUGUUACAAAUUCACCGUGUUCACAAUAAAAUGAUGAAUUCAA